AUGCUGCGGCACUGUGAAGCCACGAGAGGAACAUCAACUGGGUCUGGGAAUGAAAGUGGAGUUGGCAGCUCCAUGAGCGAGGGUUCGUCCCAUGAACGAAGUGAGGGUGGCAGCUCCAUGAGCGAGGGUUCGUCCCAUGAACGAAGUGAGGGUGGCAGCUCCAUGAGCGAGGGUUCGUCCCAUGAACGAAGUGAGGGUGGCAGCUCCAUGAGCGGGGGUUCGUCCCAUGAACGAAGUGAGGGUGGCAGCUCCAUGAGCGGGGGUUCGUCCCAUGAACGAAGUGAGGGUGGCAGCUCCAUGAGCGAGGGUUCGUCCCAUGAACGAAGUGAGGGUGGCAGCUCCAUGAGCGGGGGUUCGUCCCAUGAACGAAGUGAGGGUGGCAGCUCCAUGAGCGAGGGUUCGUCCCAUGAACGAAGUGAGGGUGGCAGCUCCAUGAGCGGGGGUUCGUCCCAUGAACGAAGUGAGGGUGGCAGCUCCAUGAGCGGGGGUUCGUCCCAUGAACGAAGUGGGGGUGGCAGCUCCAUGAGCGAGGGUUCGUCCCAUGAACGAAGUGAGGGUGGCAGCUCCAUGAGCGGGGGUUCGUCCCAUGAACGAAGUGAGGGUGGCAGCUCCAUGAGCGAGGGUUCGUCCCAUGAACGAAGUGAGGGUGGCAGCUCCAUGAGCGGGGGUUCGUCCCAUGAACGAAGUGAGGGUGGCAGCUCCAUGAGCGGGGGUUCGUCCCAUGAACGAAGUGGGGGUGGCAGCUCCAUGAGCGAGGGUUCGUCCCAUGAACGAAGUGAGGGUGGCAGCUCCAUGAGCGGGGGUUCGUCCCAUGAACGAAGUGAGGGUGGCAGCUCCAUGAGCGAGGGUUCGUCCCAUGAACGAAGUGAGGGUGGCAGCUCCAUGAGCGAGGGUUCGUCCCAUGAACGAAGUGAGGGUGGCAGCUCCAUGAGCGGGGGUUCGUCCCAUGAACGAAGUGAGGGUGGCAGCUCCAUGAGCGGGGGUUCGUCCCAUGAACGAAGUGAGGGUGGCAGCUCCAUGAGCGAGGGUUCGUCCCAUGAACGAAGUGAGGGUGGCAGCUCCAUGAGCGAGGGUUCGUCCCAUGAACGAAGUGAGGGUGGCAGCUCCAUGAGCGAGGGUUCGUCCCAUGAACGAAGUGAGGGUGGCAGCUCCAUGAGCGAGGGUUCGUCCCAUGAACGAAGUGAGGGUGGAAGCUCCAUGAGCGAGGGUUCGUCCCAUGAACGAAGUGAGGGUGGCAGCUCCAUGAGCGAGGGUUCGUCCCAUGAACGAAGUGAGGGUGGCAGCUCCAUGAGCGAGGGUUCGUCCCAUGAGCGAAGUGAGGGUGGCAGCUCCAUGAGCGAGGGUUCGUCCCAUGAACGAAGUGAGGGUGGCAGCUCCAUGAGCGAGGGUUCGUCCCAUGAACGAAGUGAGGGUGGCAGCUGUAGGCAUAAAGGUGUGUCGAUGUCAUUCUACUUCUGGGAAUUUGUACUUUUGCGGUAG